AUGCACGCGGCUCUCAGAUUUGGAGAGUAUUUCGGAUGUAUUUUUACGGAAAUUUCAAAUCUUGUUUUGCUAUAUCUGAUUAUUACAAAGACUCCAAAAAGCUUCGGGUCUUACAAGUAUCUGAUGAUGUCAUAUGCGUUGGACUCAUUGAUUUAUGGACUCGUGGAGGUUCUUACGCUACCGGAAAGAGUAAUUCAUGCCAGCGGAGCCAGUGUCUACCUCUUCGUGGAUAGCUUCCUCCGAUAUGAAAAAUGGAUCGCAAACCCUCUCGCAGCACUAUACGCGUGCAGUUUUGCCCUUUGCAUCACCCUCCUAGCCUCUCAUUUUGUAUUUCGGUACAUUGCGGUUUGCCGACCACACGAUCUCCACCAUCUUGAGGGCUGGAAGAUGUGGAAGAUUUACGUAAUCCCGAUUAUUAUCACUAUUCUCUGGUACCUAGUACACGGCUAUUUUUGUGGUCCAACCGAGUUUAAGACCGAGCUUGUUAGGCAAGAAAUAUGGGAUAAUUAUCAGGUGGAUUUUGGGAGCGUCGGCUACUUUGGGUUCUUGUAUUUUUACACCGACAAUACAGGCGUCUCCAGAGCUAACUGGAUAGAUUUUCUUGGCACCGCAACAAACUGCACGGUUAUGACAAUUUGCACGAUGGUUAUGACAAUAAGCGGGUUGAAAACCUACAAGAAGAUUAAUGAUAAUAAGAGAACUAUUAGUAAACGGACGAAAGAGCUGAAUAAGCAGUUGUUUAGGACUCUGGUUAUACAGACCAUAAUCCCAAUAUUCACAUUGUUCUUCCCUGUCGGAGCGAUCAUAGUGCUCCCAAUUUUCUCUAUUCCAAUUCCAACUUCUGUAUCAAAUGUGGUAACAAUGACUAAUGGUGUAUAGGGAUGCAGUGUUUUGUAAAACAAGGAAACUAGUCGGAUCGCUGAGUGUGAUGACACCUGUGAAAAAUAAUUCAUUGAAUAAUAAUACGAUGUCGUAGUA